AUGUUACCUGUGAAAGCAGCAGCAAAAAUAACAGGAGUUAAAGCCAUAGAUGUGAAGGAACUCAUAACCCUGAUGGUACUAAUGGUGGUCACUUUCUUGCUGCUUCUCUUCUGGGAAAGGGAGCCAGAUGAGAAUAUAGUGGUGACAUCCAUAGAGCACUUGAAUGUGGAUUACCCGAAAAGUAAUAUUCCUGUAAGGUACUGCAACUCCAUGAUCCUACAAAGAGUCAUCAGAGAACCCAACCACACGUGCAAAAAGAAGCAUGUCUUCAUCCAUGAGAGGCCCCAAAAAAUCAAUAGCAUCUGCAUUUCUCCCAGGAAGAUGACUUGCCUAAACCAUUCUACCAUUUUCUGCUUCCAGAGUGAGAUAAGGCUCAAAAUGACAGUCUGUCAGCUCAUCGGUGGCACAGUAUAUCCUGGCUGCAGGUACCAGGUUUCCACCGUGGAGGGGUAUGUUCUUAUCACUUGUGACAACUUGGGGCCAGUUAAUUUCCAGGGAUAUGUUGAGUAA